UUGCAACGACGCGCCCCGUAAUUUUUGGGUUACGUGACGUUGGUCAUGGAGGAGUGUUGUAUGUGCCUAUGUGCGAUAGAUUCCCGAUUUAAUUUUAGAUAUACGAGAAACACGAAAGAAAAGAAGUUCACUUGACGAUCAGAGAUUCUCGCAUCGUAUUUAAAGCAAAAGAAAAAAAGAUUAUUUUUUCAAAAGUCGAUAUUUUUUUUGCAUUUUAUCUAUAAAAAUAGAGAGAGAUAGAUAUAUAUAUAUGUAUGAGGUAUGUGUAUUCCUGCUUUCAAGAAAAUCACUGUGAUCUUUGUACAGUUAUACGAGUUGACAAAUAUAUUAAUGAAGAUGGGAUUAAAAGAAUCUCUUAUUUUAUGUAUAUAGCUGUGGACCAAAAUUUAACAGUUGAGAGAAAAGCACACAGGAGGCUUCUCAUGUAGAAGUAAUUGAUUUUCCAUAAUCAUGCAUGCAAGUGGAAAGAUCGUGUGUGAGAUAUCAAGUUAAAGACAUGAAAUAUCAUAGACGAUAAAGGGUUGAUAAUAGAAGUAUCUUGAAUUACGUUCCUUGGGACGAGAUUAUAUACAAAAAAAACAGAAGGGAGAACAUCUAUAGCGAUGCAAGACGACGCGGUAGUGGACAACUUCGCAACGGCGAAUCCUUUUACAGGCAUCAAAGGUUGAGUUUGAAGGAGAUUUCGCUCACGGAGCGGGAUCUAGAUGCUAGAUAGGAUUGGGACGAAAUAGAAGAAAGGAAGAGCGAGAGAAGAAAAAAGAGAGUUGUGAUAGACGCGAAAAAAACAAGAACAAGAUAAGGGAAGAAAGAGGGAUGGGCGCUGGGAUGGGUAGGAGUGGCACGAGCGGCGGUCUUCUCGAGGCACUUCCCACGGGAACUCCGUUCCAUGUGGCAAUGCUUGGUCUCGAUAGUGCCGGAAAGACAACCGCCCUGUACAGACUCAAAUUCGAUCAAUAUCUCAAUACUGUGCCGACCAUCGGUUUUAACUGCGAGAGAAUUCGCGGCGGCAUCGGAAAAGCUAAAGGUGUUAAUUUCCUUGUAUGGGACGUCGGUGGACAGGAAAAGUUACGGCCAUUAUGGAAAUCAUACACGAGAUGCACAGACGGUAUCAUUUUCGUCGUUGACUCCUGCGACACCGAGAGGCUUGAAGAGGCAAAAAUGGAACUGACUAGGACAGCGAGGAGUCCGGACAAUGCGAGUGUGCCGAUUCUAAUUCUCGCCAACAAACAGGAUUUACCUGCUGCUGUCUACAAUCUAGGCGCGAAGGAAGUCAGCGAACUGGAAAAGCAUUUGGGAGUUUUGGAACUAACUGGAAUGCCUGGUAGUUCUUGUAUUCGUGUACAACCAGCGUGUGCUAUUACGGGCGAAGGACUCCACGAGGGCUUAGACACACUAUAUCAGUUGAUUUUAAAGCGACGCAAGUUGGCUAAACUGAAUCGGAAACGAGCCAGGUAGGCCAGGGCGUCGGAAGACUGCACAUGCGUCUUCUGAUAUUGUCAAUCGCGGACAGUUUCUCCUUUAACAACACUUUCUAUAACUUCCACUUCAUCUUCCUUUCCCAAUUGUGAUGGGGAACCAACAUAGUGACUUGAAAGAAGAGAAUGGUGUCGAUCAUCUUUUUUUGACUUUUGUUCGCGGUGAAACUAACGCUGUUGAAGCGAUGUAAAGCUUAUGUUGAGCUUUUGUAUGUGUGUGUAUGUAUGUUUGUACAUAUAAAUAUAUAUCAACUGUAGAGCUGCAUUGAUAUAAAAAAAAUGAGAACGAGGGAUUUUAACGACUAUUGUUCCUCUUUCUGUAUUAGAUUGUUGCAUAUAAGAUAUGAAUUUUUUACUAAAAGUUGAAAGAAUUGUUAUUUAAAUAUGUACAAUGGAAUUUUAACUAAAAUAUGUUAUAGUUGCGAGUGUAUUUAGUUUAUUGCUCAGACAAUGAAAGGCGAGCAAAGUAUGAAGAAACGGUUUGAGAUACCGACAAAUUUUUUUUGUCAAACUAAUAAAAAUAGUGCUUUUAGCACCAUUUACAAGUGAAUUUACAAUAAUAAUAUAUUUAGGGAAUAAUAUAUUUAUAUUUGUUAUAUGAUAGAAAUUUGUUUUGGUAAUAGAGUGAUAUGGAUUUCAGUGGAAUUUAUGCUAAGUUAAAUUUAUUUUGUAUGCAACAAUAUAAUGAUUAAAAUAAUCAUAAAUAUAAAUGUGUGACAAUGCUAGUCGACUGAGAAAAUUUUAUCAUUGCGAUGAAGAAAAAGUUCAUAUGAAAGUGGUAUAUAAAUGUAAGUAAAAAUUUGUAAAUAAAUUGAAAAAACUAUAAUUUUAUGCUGGCACAAAUUUAAGAUGCAUAUUAACACGAACAACGAAGUUUGUCAAUGUGGAAAAUCUGUGGUCAUAUAACGUCUUAAAUCAUCUAGCAAUAUUUUAGUAAAUGCUACUAUCGUUAUAUUAUUAUUACUACAACAUAAUUGUUCUCAUAUUUUUCAAGUAUGAAACAAUACGGCAAUAUGUUCUAUUUAUAUAUGCAAAGAAUCGACUGCUUAUUUCUUAAAGUUCAUAUCUAUUUGUAAAGUUUUUGUUAUGAAUAUAGAUGUAUAAAUGUAUAAAUGUAUUUGUUAUUAAGGAAACAUGAUUAUUAUUACAAGAUACAA